AUGGAGCUGAACGCCAAGUACGACGACUACGACUUCCCGUACGAAGCACCGGAGGCCCAAAAUGGCCAUGCCGGCUUUCUGACGAAGGAACAGAUUGCUCAGGUCGAGCAGUUGCGAAUGAUGCUGGAGGCUGAAGGCUGCACCGACCGUCUUGAUACUCUGACUUUGCUACGAUUUUUACGUGCACGAAAGUUUGAUGUGAACUUGUCGAAGCAAAUGUUCCUUGACACUGAGAAGUGGCGGAAGGAGAUCAAGCUUGACGAGCUCGUGCCUACCUGGGACUACCCUGAGAAGGCCGAAUUGCACAAGUACUAUGAACAAUUCUACCACAAGAUUGACAAGGAUGGUCGCCCCAUUUACAUCGAAACCUUCGGCGGCAUUGACUUGACCGCCAUGUACAAGAUCACCACUUCCGAGCGCAUGCUGAACAACCUUGCCGUCGAGUAUGAGCGUCUUGCGGAUCCUCGCCUGACCGCCUGCUCUCGCAAAGCCGGCCACUUACUCGAGACAUGCUGCACCAUCAUGGAUCUCAAGGGCGUCAGUCUGACCAAGGUCCCCCAGGUCUACACCUAUGUCAGCCAGGCCUCUGGCCUCUCCCAGAACUACUACCCUGAGCGUCUUGGCAAGCUGUACCUGAUCAACGCGCCAUGGGGCUUCUCCACUGUUUGGAGUGUUGUCAAGGGCUGGCUCGAUCCUGUCACUGUUAAGAAGAUUAGCAUUCUUGGUGGCGGUUACAAGGACGAACUUCUUAAGCAAGUUCCUCCUGAGAACCUGCCAAAGGCUUUUGGCGGUACCUGUGAGUGCCCUGGAGGCUGUGUGAACAGCGAUGCUGGCCCCUGGCACGACGCCGAGUGGGCCAGGCCCGCCAAGUGGGAGAAGAAGGCCGACACUACCAUCGACAACACUCCUUCCAACAAUGAGACGCCUGAGGUGGCUACCGGUACCGGAACUCCCGCUGUUCCUGAGGUUGUCGCCGCUGGGGAGGAAGCCAAGCAGCCUGUUGCCGCUUAA